GCCAUGUUGUUUCGAGCAGGAUGCAAGCGCCAACGCCCAGUCGCAUUGCCAUCAUGGGAGUGACAUCCAGCGGCAAGUCGACGCUGGGCACGACACUUUCAAAGAAACUUGACAUCCCGUUCAUAGAAUCGGAUGCCUUGUUGUGGGCUCCGAAUUGGCAAAAGGCUGCCGACUACGUUGAAAAGGUCACCGAGGCAACGUCGGGACCGACGUGGGUUAUGGCCAGCGCCUCGAGUUCUGUUCGGAAGAUGGUUUUGUCUCGAGCAAACGUCGUCGUUUGGCUCGAUUAUCCAUUGUGGUUGGUCUUGUGGCAACUCGUCCGCCGAUCCGUGUCGCGUUGGUGGACGCGCGAGUUGCUUUGGGGGACCAACUACGAGACGUUGUGGGUUCAUUUCAAGAUUUGGUCGGAUGACUCGCUAGUGUACUGGCUAUUCAAGACAUUUUGGCGGCGAAGAAGAGAGUACCCGCUUCUAUUCCAGGAGCAUCCCCACCUCCAAGUCCUUCGAUUCUACCACCCCGAUGAGACACAGGCUUGGCUCAACUCGCUUGCACCAGCCCAAACCAUUGGUUCCACAUCGACAGAUGAUGGUCAAUAUACGACCUAAUGCAUGCGCGAAGGGCGUUUCCAUGCUGUUACGCCGAACGCUGCUGGUUCCUGGUGCCAUACACAGCGCCAAUCGAUUCUGAACGACAUCGUCGAUGGGAGGUGCAGUGGUUGUACUGUUUUCUCCAUGUUAGCACAAAAACGUUACGACUGUCG